CCCCCAUUCCCUCAUUUGCUUUUCCAAAUUUGUACCUCAACCUACAACACUAGUUCCUUCAUUAAAAUAAUAUAUUGAGCACAGCUAUAAGCCAUCUUCCAUUUCUUUGAGUGUGUUAAAAUAGAAAAAAAAAAAAAAAAACCACCGGUGAAGUAUGGACAACAGCCCUCAGCAAUCGGCGGCGAAUGCGGCGGCAGCAGCGGCGGCUCAGUCAGGUGGGUACCCACCGCAACCGUACCACCAUCUCCUUCAGCAGCAACAACAAGAGCUACAGAUGUUUUGGAACUACCAGCGUCAAGAAAUUGAGAACGUUAACGAUUUCAAGAACCACCAACUUCCUCUUGCCCGUAUCAAGAAGAUCAUGAAAGCUGACGAGGAUGUCCGUAUGAUCUCAGCUGAAGCACCCAUUUUGUUUGCUAAAGCAUGUGAGCUCUUCAUUCUUGAACUCACCAUUCGUUCUUGGCUACACGCUGAGGAAAACAAGCGUCGUACUUUGCAGAAGAAUGAUAUCGCUGCGGCCAUUACGAGGACUGACAUUUUCGAUUUCCUUGUUGAUAUUGUUCCGAGGGAUGAGAUCAAGGAAGAGGGUGCUGCGCUUGGGCCUGGAAUGGUAGGCUCUACAGCAAGUGGUGUUCCGUAUUAUUAUCCACCAAUGGGACAGCCUGCUCCCCCUGGGGUUAUGAUGGGUAGGCCUGCUAUGCCUGGGGUUGAUCCCUCAAUGUAUGUUCAGCCUCCACCACCACCCUCGCAAGCGUGGCAGUCUGUAUGGCAGACUGCUGAGGAUAAUAACUAUGCUAGUGGACAGGGUAAUGUUGAUGAUCAAAGUUAAAGAUCACAUUUGCUGCUGAUCCCGGAUGCUUAGUGGCACAAGGGAAGUUAUUAGUUACUAAUGCCACGGGUCCUCUCAAAUGUGAAUGCACCUUUUUGCUACUGUCCCUUGAUACUGGCUUAACUGUAAUGACUUGAAUCCUUCAGUCAUUUUGUCUGUAUAAAACUGUGUAGUUUAUCAGAAUGCUUAUGGAGUUCUGGUUUCCGGUGUUAUAAUAAACUGAUCUUACUUCUUGCAUAACAA